AUGAGCAAACUCGCAAUCUCUGCCCUAGUCAUCGUGACCGCCGCCGUGGCCGUGCAAGGAUCUCUGUUUGGUCCGUUUGGACCGCUGGGACCGUUUGGCCAACCGGCAGCUCCGCCAGCAUUCGGACCUCCCGGCUUCGUUCAACCUGGUUUCUUCCCAGGAUUCCCAGGAUAUCAACCGGCGGUGCCAGCCUUCCAACCAUCCUUCGGACCACCGGGAUACCCUGCCGGAUUCGCUCCCGUACCUUCCCCGUUGGCUGCUCGUGCCUUUUUCCCUGCUGCUGCUACAGUUGCUCCUGUUGCUACUCCGACAACAUUCCGACCGAAGCCAUCGCCCGUUCUGGAACGUUUGCUGCUGAGGGUUCUUCCCGAAGAUCUGCAGGAGCAGCUGGCCCAGCUUCUUGCGGCGUACGACCAAGGCAAUGCAGAGUGCGACAAGAGAAACACAGGCUUUGGACCGUUCGUUGGAGCGUACCGGAAAUGUGUAGUUUUCAACAAGAUUGCAGCCGAACAGGGUGCUACCGUACUGGAGAACGAAGCCAACGUUAGGGAUGCCGCAGAAGCGCAAGCAGCUGCUGACCAGGCCAACGCUGAGAAGGCCGCUGCUGAACAGGUCGCUGCUGAACAAGCUGAACAAGCUGCCGCUGUGGAAGAAGCUGUCGCCGAGGAAGCUGCCGUAGUUCAAGAGGCUGAGGUAGUUGCUGAGGAAGCGGAAUCUACAGAUGAUGCUGAAGAGCAAACGGUUGAGGUCGAGGAAACCGCAGAGGUUGUCGUCGAAGACGUCGCUGUUGAGGAGGACUCUACUGUUGCUUAA